AGAUCCAGUUCGGAUCCAGAAUCCUCUUUUGUGAUUGUUACAGAUUAAAGUCAUACAUAUUGAGAAUGUCUUCCAUGUUCCUCCGUUGAUCUGUGUUUUUUUUCUCGUGUGAAGUUGGAGGAGGAGUUGUGCGCGCGCUCUCUCUGGGAGCCUUUAAAAGAGGCUCCAGAGAAGCUCAGACAUGAACCGCCAGCUGCUGCGCGUCACGAUGGAUCGAUGCGUUUUGAUUUUGGAUUUCAGCUCCUUUUCUGCGGUGAUUACGCGCUGGUGACCUUUACGCACAGACACGCGCGCGGAUCCUGGAACAGGUGACCGCAACGCACAGGCACCCGGGCUGCUCCGUGCGCUCAAAUCCUAGAGCUGGUGACCGUUACGCAGAGAAACUCGCGCAGAGCCUGGAUCUGGUGACUGUUACGCACGGGCGCAUGGACAGCUCCGUGUUAGAGGACUCUAGAGCUGGUGACCAUUACGCACGGGCAGCUCCGUGCGCGCCGAUCUUGGAUCUGGUGACUGUUACGCACAGGCAUUUGCGCAGAGCCUGGAUCUGGUGACCGUUACGCACAGGUGGAGCUGGUGACUGUUACGCACAGGCACGCGCGCAGAGCCUAGAUCUGGUGCCCAUUACGCACUGGCACGCGGGCAGCUCCGUGCGCCCGCAGCAGAGCGGCACCAUGCUCUUCCCCUCGGAGAGCCGCUGUAACCUGACGGGUCAGAACUGCUCCCUGAACGUGACGCAGCACCUGGGGGGCGCCAAGAAGAACCACAGCGACCCGUUCGGGCGGAACGAGGAGGUGGCCAAGAUCGAGAUCACCGUCCUGAGCCUCGCCUUCGUGGCGGCGGUGGUGGGGAACGUCAGCGUGCUGCUGGCCAUGUACCGGACGCGGCGGAAGCUGUCGCGCAUGCACCUGUUCAUGAAGCACCUGAGCCUGGCGGACCUGGUGGUGGCCUUCUUCCAGGUGCUGCCGCAGCUCUGCUGGGAGAUCACCUUCCGCUUCUACGGGCCGGACUUCCUGUGCCGCAUCGUGAAGCACCUGCAGGUCCUGGGCAUGUUCGCCUCCACCUACAUGAUGGUGAUGAUGACCGUGGACCGCUACAUCGCCAUCUGCCACCCGCUGCAGACGCUGCAGCAGCCCACGCAGCGCGCCUACAUCAUGAUCGGCUCCACGUGGGCGUGCAGCCUGGUCCUCAGCACCCCGCAGUACUUCAUCUUCUCCCUCAGCGAGGUCCGGCCCGGCUCCGCCGUCUACGACUGCUGGGGCCACUUCGUGGAGCCGUGGGGGCUGCGCGCAUACAUCACCUGGAUCACGGCCGGGAUCUUCCUGGUGCCCGUGGCCAUCCUGGUGUUCUGCUACGGCUUCAUCUGCCGCACCAUCUGGAGGAACCUCAAGUUCAAGACCAAGAGGAAGCGCGCGGACGCCGUGGACGGGGUCUCCAAGAACGGCAUCCUGAGCCGGAGCUCGGUCAGCAGCGUCAGCACCAUCUCGCGCGCCAAAUUACGCACGGUGAAGAUGACCUUCGUGAUCGUGGUGGCCUUCGUGGUGUGCUGGGCGCCCUUCUUCACCGUGCAGAUGUGGUCCGUGUGGGACCAGACCUUCUCCUGGGACGACUCUGAGAACACCACGGUGACGCUCUCCGCCCUGCUGGCCAGCCUCAACAGCUGCUGCAACCCCUGGAUCUACAUGAUCUUCAGCGGACACCUGCUGUCCGACUUCUUCAGCAGCCUGCCGUGCUGCCGCGGCCUGAAGAUGCAGCUGCAGCAGCAGGACUCGGACAGCAGCCUCCGCCGGACCACGCUGCUGUCCCGCCUGCAGGGCCCGCGCCUCUCCGAGCCGUUCAGGGACCUCAACCUCGCCGGUAAAAGCUGCCCGCCGGUCCCGUCGCCGUCCUAACAUAUUCGCUGGGACGGAGGGAAUGAGCUCAUCGGGAGUUUGUUUUGGCUGGUCCACGCCAGUGGAAAGGCUGACGCUGCAGGAUGCAGAGUUUUAAUAACUCGUCAUCGCGCCAGACUGUAGCUUUUGGCAGCAGGGCGGUGUCAAAACAAAUGCAGCUGAUGGACCGGCCUGGACAGAACUGCUGCUUCAUGACUGGAGGAACACGUUUUCAUUCCAGUCUUUGUUGUGGAGUCUUAAGAAGGACGUAUUAAUGGAGCCAGGCUGCAGGUUUAAUAUAGAAGUCAACUCUGUAAUAGAAAAAAACAACAAAAACACAGAUCCAGAAACAGUUUCAGCAGCAACAUCCCAGAAAAAACCUCAGAUUACUAAGAAAAACAACAAAAAACUCAGAUUUCUGAUUAGGACACGCCCACAUGGAUCCUGUCAAUCAUAUUCGGAAACCAUCACCUUUAGUUUUUAGACUCUAGACCAGGAGUCUGCAUCCAUUUCCAAUUGUGGGUUUAUAUCACAGUUGUUGACCAACGGGUCACUUUGUACCGACAGAAAAAGGAAAAACAUGCGCUAACUUAAAUUAUUUCCGUUCAGUUCAUUUUCUCAUCCUGAAGGAAGUUUUAUUUUGAAGAACUUACGGAUUCUGUUCAUAACAUCCAUGUUGGUCACAUGACUUAAAGCGGCUAGCUGUGUGGCUAAGCUAGUAGCUAAAAGCUAACAAGAACAAACAGAAUGUGUUUGUAAAGUUUCUUUUUUUUAAUUAUAGUAUUUCUAUAAAUAAAAAUGUUAUUUUUUU